AUGGAAGAAAAAACUACAGUUUCAAUUAUAAAUGAAGAAGGUGGCAAUAUUGACGAAAAAGAAAAAUGUAUUAAUAAUAACACAAAUGAUAAUAAAAAUAAAAAUGAAAAUGAAAAUGAAAAUGAAAAUGAAAAUGAAAAUGAAAAUGAAAAUGAAAAUAAAAAUGAAAAUGAAAAUGAAAAUGAAAAUGAAAAUGAAAAUGAAGAUGAAGAAUUAGUCGAAAUUGAUGAAAAGGUUAAUAAUAAUAAUAAUAAUAUAGUCAAUAGUUUAGAGAAUGUUCAAUUAGAUGAUACAGAUGUAACAAAAGUAGAACAAAGACAAUCAAUGUGGAUUGGUUCACAACCUGCUAAAAAAGAAAGAGAAGCACCAAGAAUUUCAACUUCAUCAAAUCUUAGACAAUCUUCAAAUGAUUUAAAUUCUUCAGGAGGUACUAAUACUCCAAAAACACCAAGAUCAACAACUCCACCACAAAAUGAAAAUUCAUGUAAUACUACUGCUACCACUACUACCAUUACUACUUCUGUAACAACAACACCAACACCAACAACAACACCAGCAACAACAACAACAUCAUCAAGUUUAUCAUCAUGGUGGAAUGGAUUAAGUUUUAAAUUAAGAACUCCACCAACAACACCAUCAAAUUCACAAAUAUUUACACCAACAUUAUUAAAUGAACAACAGGAUGAGGUUGAGGAUCAAAUAUUUACACAUUCAGCAAUUGAUUCAGCAACUAAAAUCGUUAGAGAGGGUUAUUUAAAUAAGCAAGGUCAUCUAAGAAAGAAUUGGUUAUGUAGAUAUUUCAUAUUGACUGAAACCUCAUUAGAGUAUUAUAAAGACAAAGGUAGAGAAUUCUUAAAUAGAAUUCCAUUGAGCGAAUGUUCAAUAACAAUGGCAGAAAUUGAAAUAAAGAAAUCACUAUGCUUCAAGAUCACUCAUAAUCCUACGAAAAGACCAUUUUAUUUAUUCUCCAAUGAAAGAGCAAACACUAACGAAUACGAACGUGAUAGUUAUGAAUGGAUUGGGUCAGUUCAAGAGAUUAUCGAUUUACAAAUACUAAAUCUUCAACAACAACAACAACAACAAAAUCCUGAUGGUUUAACAAAUUUAGAUCCUUCAGCUUCAAUCGUUACAGAAUCUCAUAAAAACUAUGAAUUGGUUCAUUGUAUGUCACAUGCUUUACUCUUUUCUUUAGGUAAAAUUUCUGCUGCUCAAAUGACUGAUAUUUGUAUGGAAGAUUUCCAAUCUUCUGAAACUUUUAAUAUAAAUAAAGAAGUUACAUCUUCAAACUCAACAACACCACUAUCAUCUUCACCAUCACCUGAAAGUUUAAUAAAUCAACAAUCACAAUCACAACAACCACAAUUACAACCACAAUCACAACAAAAUAUAAAUACAAAUAAUAAUAAUAAUAAUAAUAAUAAUUUAAUAAAUAGUGGUAAUAAUAUACCGAAUAUGACAAAAUCACUAUUUUCAUAUAAAUUUACAGAUUAUUCACCAAAAGUUUUUAGGAAAAUUAGAGAACUAUCAAAUGUAAAUUCAGCGGAUUAUAUGAUAUCAUUAACUCAAAAUACUUUAACUGAAGAACCAACUCAAGGAAAGAGUAAUUCACUAUUCUAUUUCACUUCUGAUAAAAAAUUACUUAUUAAAACAAUUACAACUACUGAAUUUGAACAAUUAAAAUCAAUUUUACCAAAUUAUUAUUUUCAUUUAUCACAAAAUCCAGAUUCAUUAAUUGUAAAAUUUUAUGGUUUACAUUAUAUUAGUCCAUCAAAAAUGAGAAAUACAUAUUUUGUUGUAAUGGAGAAUAUAUUUACAGAUAUUCAUAUGGAUGAAAUUUAUGAUUUAAAAGGUAGUACACUUCAAAGAAAAGCUCAAGAAGGUAAAAGAGUAUUAAUGGAUUUAGAUUUUUGUACUAGAAUUUUCAUUUCUGAUGAAAUGAAAUUUAAAUUUUUUAAACAAAUUGAAAGUGAUUGUAAUUUUUUAGAGAAGAAUCAGUCAAUGGACUAUAGUUUAUUAUUAGGAAUUCAUUAUUUAAAGGGUGGUAAGAAAAUUGAUGAAAAAGAAGUUACAGAUAGUAAACAAGCAUUAUUUAAGAGAGAAUUGGGUGGAGUGAUUGCAAGAACUCAUGAUGGUGAACUUUAUGAUAAGGUUUACUAUAUUGGAAUCAUUGAUAUUUUAACAGUUUAUAAUAUUAAAAAACAAAUUGAACAUACUUAUAAAUCAGUGGCAUAUGAUACAACAGAUUCAAUGUCUGCUGUAAAUCCAAAUACUUAUACUAAACGUUUCCAAAAAUUCAUUCAAAAAAUUACUGGUUGGAAUAAAAAUAAUAAUAAUAAUAAUAAAAUCAAUGAAUAA